GAAAAGGUACUUUAGAUGUUCAUCAUCUUGCCCUGUGUUGUGUUGUCUAUUAUCCCUUUCUCUAUUGUUUUCUUUACAUUCUUGGCACAGUUCAGCGGAGCAGGAGAGGAGAAGUUGAAACAUGCAGCUGCCACCUUUUGUAGUAACCAGCCUUUUGCCCUGGAAAUGAUCAAGUCUCGUCAGAAAAAGGACUCUAGAUUCCAGACUUUUGUGCAGGAUGCUGAGAGUAAUCCACUGUGCCGUCGACUGCAGCUAAAGGAUAUUAUUCCUACUCAAAUGCAGAGGCUCACUAAAUAUCCCCUUCUGCUGGAUAAUAUUGCUAAGUACACAGAACGGCCAAAGGAAAGAGAAAAGGUGAAGAAAGCAGCAGAUCACUGUCGUCAAAUCCUAAAUUAUGUGAAUCAAGCUGUCAAGGAGGCAGAGAACAAACAGCGCUUAGAAGAUUACCAGCGUCGCCUUGAUACAUCUAACUUGAAGCUGUCAGAGUAUCCAAAUGUUGAAGAGCUCAGGAAUUUGGAUUUAACAAAGAGGAAGAUGAUUCAUGAAGGACCGUUGGUAUGGAAGGUGAAUAGAGAUAAGACUAUUGAUCUGUACACAUUGUUGCUGGAGGACAUCCUUGUAUUGUUACAAAAGCAGGAUGAUAGACUGGUGUUGAGGUGUCAUAGUAAAAUUCUAGCAUCUACAGCAGAUAGCAAACACACAUUCAGCCCUGUGAUCAAAUUGAAUACCGUGUUGGUUCGACAAGUUGCGACAGAUAACAAAGCAUUAUUUGUCAUCUCUAUGUCAGAUAAUGGAGCCCAAAUUUAUGAAUUGGUGGCACAGACAGUUUCUGAAAAGGCAGUCUGGCAGGACUUGAUUGGCAGGAUGGCCCUCUCAGUAAAGGAACAGUCCACAAAGCCCAUUACACUACCAGAGUCACCCCCCUGCGAAGGUGAGCGUGAUGAAGAAGAAGCUUCAAAGGUGAAGGAGGAAUCACAUGGUGUUUCUACCUCUAGUCUUCAAAGUCCAGAAAAACACAUGGGAACAGAUACUCCUUUAAUAUCAAAACAUCAGUCCCCUUCAUCAGUUACCUCUGGGAAAUCAGAGAUCAAUGAUCUACUGGCUGAAAGACAGUUUGAAAAGGAACAAGCAGAAGAGACAUCUAAAGAGUCUGGAAUGGACUAUCAGAGCACUAUCCCAGAGCCACGUUUCCCUGUCUCUGAAGAGCGGUGGGCAUUGGACGCACUGAGGAACU